GGGGGCGGGGCCUGGCGUUCCCUGCGUGCUCCGCGCAGCGCGUAACCUUGAAGCCAAGAUGGCGUCGGCCACCGGCAUCAUCCGCCUUAUCCGCAACUUUCUGGCCGGGCGAGACAUCCAAGCUACACUGCAGCUGCGCUACACAGAGAUCUCCAAGAGGACCCAGCCGCCUCCCCGCCUCCCCGUGGGACCCAGCCACAAGCUAGCCAACAACUACUACUGCACCAGAGACGGGCGCAGGGAGUCCUUUCCGCCCAUUGUCCUCAUGUCAGCUCAGAAGAAGUUGGCUCCCAGAGCGGAAGCGGGAAGCUCGGACUGUUCCGUCACAAGGACGGAGAAGCUGCCUGUGACCCCUGGCGUGCCCCCUCGGAAGUGGGAGCUGUCCAAGGACGAGCCCUAUUUGUGAAAGCGCCCCCGAGGCUCCAAGGCAGGGUUGCCAUAGAGCAGCCAGUCCGGCCUCGGUCCUUGCCAGGAGGAUAAGCAGCAAGACAGAGGGACUUUUUUCUCCUCCUGGGCUAAUUCAAUAAAUGCCAUCCAUAACGUCA